CUAUCAGACAGGCUGCUGCUGCUGCUGCUGCUGAGGAAACACAGUCAGAGGAAUUAUGCCCUGCCCAUCGGUGGCUUUGCCUGUUUCAUGAGGUGACCUAUGCAUACCAAGUGGUUGUAAGUCCGGGGAUAUCCCCCGUGUUUUUUGUUUAGCAUGAGCAUGGAAGAUUAUGACUACCUGUUCAAAAUAGUACUGAUAGGAAAUGCCGGAGUUGGGAAGACAUGUCUGGUCCGGCGCUUUACUCAGGGCCUUUUCCCUCCAGGACAAGGGGCUACUAUUGGAGUCGAUUUCAUGAUUAAAACGGUGGAAAUCAAAGGGGAGAAGGUCAAGCUGCAGAUAUGGGACACAGCUGGACAGGAGAGAUUUCGCUCCAUUACUCAGAGUUAUUACCGCAGUGCCAAUGCCCUCAUUCUUACGUAUGACAUUACCUGUGAGGACUCCUUCAGGUGCCUUCCAGAGUGGCUGAGGGAGAUCGAGCAGUAUGCCAACAACCAGGUGGUGACUAUAUUAGUCGGUAAUAAAAUAGAUCUGGCAGAAAAGAGGGAGGUUCUCAGACAGAGGGCUGAAGACUUUGCCGAGUCUCAGAGCAUGCUGUACCUGGAGACCUCAGCCAAAGAAUCCGACAACGUCGAGAAACUUUUCCUUGACCUGGCCUGCGAACUCAUCCGAGAAGCCAAGCAGAACAAGCUGGAUAACAAUGACACUGCCCCGAUGCUCGGCGAGGGUAAAACCAUCAGUUAUUUGACUUGCUGCAGCAUCAAUUAAAAAAAGAGUUGAGCCUUGUGGCCGUGGUAACUCAGUAGCCAUUGACUGAAGAGGGCAGAUGGCUGAAUCACAAUGCCUCCGUCCCUCCAAGAUGGCAGAAAGCCACUUUUACUCCGUCAUUUCUAGAUCCAUGCCUUUUUAAGCUGUACAAGGGAGAUAGUCAACUUUAGUUUGGCCUUCCAGGACAAACAUUUUAAGAUUCUGUCAUCAUGGAGAAAAUUUUCCUCAAUGCUACUACAUAAAAAGUACGUCUGAAAAUACAUCCAGGAAUCUGAGUAGGGCUCCAUUUCAUCAUCUUCAUGGUGGAAUGGCAGUUUUUUUUUGUUCGGGUUUUCCAUUUCCAUUAAACACCAAUGUUCACCAGCAGUGUUACGUGAGUAAAAGGUCAACCAGGUAUUUUGUUACAGAUUCCACAUAACUAACAUCAGGUGUCAUGAUCAUAGGAGGUUAUCUGUGAAUGAUAACUAUGUUUACAUACAGUAGGUUUUGGAGAAAAAAAAUCUGACCAAUUUGCAAAAAUAGUUUUGCAAAUUUAGGAUGAAAUCUGUUGCACAAUCACUUUUUCCCCCACUAGUUUCUUUUGCUCUGAUUAUUGCAUUUUAAAUAGUUUUGGUAAUUUCAUUCUGGGUCGUUUUUUAUGCACCUGUUCAUUGCAAACUGUGAAACACGUGUUCCCAUUGGAAUUAUUUGAAUUGCUGCUAAAAUGUUUUACUUUCAAUAACAUAAACUGAAACACAAGUGUAAACGCUACGUUGAAACAGUAUUCUGUGGCUCCAUAACAUUCCUGCAGUGUGACUAGUCAGUCGAUAUAGUGUGAAGAAGCUGGAAAGGCUAUUGUCAGUCAUCAGUAGAAAUGGUAAACAGUUUCAUCAGUUGACUUUUUUUGUUUUUUGACUGUCAGCUUUUUAUUUUAUAUCCAUAGACGUGAGUAUUUCUGCCUUUGUUGUUGCUGCCUAGCCAUGAAAUUGUAUCACUUUUAAUUUGUUCAAAGGAGUAUGUUCAUGUAGCUCUGUACUUGUUGUUCUUCAUAUGCUUUUAUUGUGAAAGUUUUGAUUGUCCAGCAUGUUUUAUUUUAAUUUGUAGUGUCUAACUUUUUGUUUCUUAAAUUUGCCAUAACUGUAAUGUACUUUAUUGCACAAUGCCAUUUACUGCACACUUAUUUUAUUGUAACAUUUUUUUUUUUUGUUGUACAGACAUGUAGUACAUCCUGGCACUUUGCUUUUUAUGCAUUUAAUUUGCAGUAAUAUCUUUGUACGGCUGGGGAGAAUUUUUGUUUUGCCUUUAACCUUAGAUUUAACAGCAUUUAUUUUAAAUUAUUUUCAUGUUUUUGUCAGCGCAAUAUGAAAAAUACAAAAGAAACAAGAUUGUGCUUCUUUUCCUUUCUGUGUACAAAAUAAUCCCUGAUAAUGACUCUGUAUAACAUUAAAUAACAACACUAAAAGUCUU